UGUUAUUUGAUGAUGGAUGGUAUUAAAUCUGACUUUGACCCACUAGAAACGGAAGCCCUCGCCUAGAGCUGUCUAUAUUUAGGCAACAGUGCCUGGAGCCGUAAGGAAGACUGUCGAAACGUUGAUUAAAGUCUUGACUCACGCACACUCUACUGAUGGAUUUUGCAGCAGCCUGAACCCCAAUUUCUUCCCAUACACUCUCUUAUUGUUCGAAUACAUUUGAAUCAGAAAAGUGUAGGAGAAACCCCGCCGUCAGAAUGACUGAGAGUAUAUCGUCAAUAUUGAGUAACCUGGACCUCGAUACAGACGCCACAAGCGUUAGCAAUGACAGCACAACCGAUCUCGAGGCUACCAUCCAGGCACUCGUUGAACGCGGCAAAAUACUUCACGAUGAAGUGGAGACCUAUGUAGCAGCAGUGCUUGCGAAGCAAAAGACGGCAAAGUUUCAAAACCCUGUCGAGUAUCGUAACCUUCGGAACGACAUGAAGAAUGAGCUUGUUUUCUUGAAAAAGAUUGCGGGUUCUUCAGAGAUGGAUGAGGAGAAGGCUCGGCACUACAUCGUCUCCUCCAAUCUUCUCUACUACGAAGCUUUAUGGAAUGCGGCGAAGCGCUUUUCAGGAUUACAAAGCUUUCGAAAGUAUUUUUUCUGGGAUCGACAUACUGCACCAGCAGGGAAACACACCACCAAAGGCCUCAGCUUGGCGAAAGGAAGCCAAGCGAAAAGCAAAACCGCAGCAUUAGUCGAUAUCGUGGCUGAAGAGGGCAGUGAGUGGAUUCGAGUAUCGACAGUCUCCGAGAAGCGACUCCUCUUCGAUCUCGCCAAGAUGGGUUGGAUGAACGACUCAGAUUCAGAUGAAGACAUGCCCAACACACAAUCCAGCAACUGGGAAGAGGACGACGACGAUGACCAGGUUGGCGUUGUCAAAAAUGCACGAGAGCUAGCUAGAGCCGCACGAGCGAAUCCGAUCCGUGGUCGGCCACCUAAUGUACAUUUCGUGCUCACACGUAUCGUGACCGGCAAGACGCAGGCUGUUGAUAUGAUCGUCGACAAGAUCCGUGCUACAGGAGCUAUCGUACAGUGCGCCACCAAUAUUCCUCCACCUGUACCUUUACACUCUGUACUGCCACAACUCCUGGUCGAUCGAUCGCGCGCUCUAUCCGAAACGUUGAACAUAGACUGCACUAUCCUCCUCGCCCUCAUUUCCGACAUCUCGCACAAGCCUUGCCCAAUUCUGGACUGGUAUCCAGGCGAAGUCCGUGCUCAAAUCAACGAGGAAGCUGAAGAACACUUGCUGCCAACACAUCUGUACCCUGCGAUUGGAUCGCAUCCGAUGGUAUGCACCAAAGAAGCUGCCGAUCAAAUGAAUCUCAUCAUCGAAACGCUGGCCACAGACACGGAGAAGCUACGGGCGGAUUUGCUUCUUGGGCAAGGCGGCCGACAGGGACGAUCAUCAGAGGAACUGGUCGCAGAGUGGGCAUCUAUCUCUGACCACGAGAUACCAACAGGCCUCAAGUUACCGUUACUAGUUAAGACCGUUGACUUGGACACACUUACCGACGGUCUUCCCACUGUGGCAACCAAGAUCGCUGCCGAAUUGGGUGAUCUCAACAAGUCAAUAUUCCUCUACGGAUGGGCCGAGAAGCUUACAACAUUGAGCGCCAAUCGUGGACGGUCCCGUCAGAUUGAGAGUACCAUAAACGAGCUUGGUUUGAAGGAUGGAGAGGCUGGGCCACAUAUCUGGUUGUGCGGCGAGUCGAGAAGUUUGAUCGCAAAGCAUGGAAGGCGGAAGUAGACAUAGAUCUCUAUAGCUAGUUGUGCACUUGUACAGCUGCUAAGUAACUAUAAGCCGCUCGGCCUACCUUACAUAGAACACAGAAAAGAUCGCUCUAUUCAUCUUAUCUCACAUGUUGCGUUGUACACAAUGUCGCUUCCUAGAAAAGAGACAAGAUUACACCAGAGACAGCAGCGACCCACAUACCCAUACCUCCCUUUGUUUGAUUUGCCUUGCCUUCAAACUUACGGGGGGUAGUGCUCUUUUUCGACGUGCUAAAGGUGUGCUUGUACUCUCCCGCCAAACUGAUCGGACCCUGCACCGUCUGCGCGGUACUCAAAACAGUAAUAUUCUGAACCACAACAUCAGUCUGGUAGCCGAAAUCACCAGACAUGCUGAAAGCGCCGUUAUCGUACGUAAAGACGAUGUUACUCGUCGCCUUCUGCACCAGACUGUCC